GGCGAAAGUAAUUAGUUAAUAGUUCUUAAAAGAACUGUUUUAAGCACAGGAUACUAACCCAAUAGUUCUAAAAUAACUGUUUUGAAACUAAAUGACAGUUCUUUUACAACUCUUGGAUUAGUGUUCUGUGCUUAAAACAGUUCUUUUAAGAACUUUUUACUUAUUCCAUUUGCCAUACACCAUGGCAUUUGCGAUCUUUAAAAUGAUUUUCAAAUAAUAUUGAUUUCAAUGCAAGCGUAAAAUUCGUUUUUUAACUUUAAAAGUAUCCACCUCGAAGAAUGCAGCAAACACAAGAAUAUCAUUAGAUUCAUUAAGUCUAGCUGACCUAAUCGUCUCAAAUGAUUACAAAGCUUGGACAAGUAAUUAUUAGGACAUUGUAGGAUCAGCUUUCAUGAACCAAUUUCAUGAAACGCUUUCCUAUUGGUUGAAGAUGUAGAUCGUCCAGGUUACUGACGUUUCGACAACCUUAUCGGUAGUUAUCUUGACAAUUUUUGUUUGAGGCGUGCAGUGGGAUUAAGAUUCGUCUCCCUUAAUCUAAAAGUAUUUUAAUCAAACCAGAACGGUGAAUAAAUGCUUUGCUUCAGAACCGAUUAUGUCAUAACCAUACUUAUAAACCAUCUAAAAUUCUAAAUAAUUCUUAUAAACAUACUUCACUUCUAUCCAUUGAGUUCUGUGACAGACCUACACCGUAACACGUGAUCUUACAAAUUUUUUGAUAUAAAUAAUUAAUUGCACUAAUAUGGCGACUGACAGAGGUAAUUCUGUGCAUCACACAAAUUCACCGUUCGGUACUAAUCUUUCUUCGUCUUCAAGACCUUUAAUUGGUGGUUAUGAUGUAGAAUUUGUUUCUGUUAUUCCUCCUGAUUACAUAUGUCCUAUUUGUCAACUUGUAUGUCGGGAUCCUGUGCAAACAGCAGAAUGUGGACAUCGCUUCUGCGAGAGUUGCUUGGAGCCUAUAUUGAGAAAAAACAAUCCAUUUUGCCCUCUAGAUCGGCGAGCAUUGACGAGAGAAAAGGUGUAUGCUGAUCGAGCAUGCAGAAGGACAAUUAACUCGCUUAAAGUGAGAUGCCAAAACUAUGGUGAUGAAUGUGAAUGGUCUGGAGAACUUUCUAAUCUUCCUAAUCAUCUUGAUAGUUGCAAACACUCUCCUAUAACAUGUGUUAAUAAAUGUGGAAGAACAGAUAUCCCAAGAGAUCAGAUGAGUAGUCAUAUUGACGUUGAUGGUGACUGCCCACUGGCAAUAGUACCAUGUAAAUAUUUUGAUAUAGGAUGCAAGUUUAAGACAAGACGUAAUGAAAUAGAUCAACAUUUAACAGAUGCAGUUCAGACACAUUUAGAUUUGGCUCAUUUACGUAUUCGUGAACUGGAAACUAGACAAGAACAAGUUUGUAUUGCCGGACGUUUUCUGUGGAAAAUCUCGAACUAUACUCAACUUUGUCAGCAAUCUGCUACAAGAAAGGAAAAAGAGAAGCUUUGUAGUCCGCCAUUUUAUACAGGCGAGUAUGGUUAUAAACUACGUGCAGAAGCAUUUCUUAAUGGACUCGGUCAAGGAAAGGGAACACAUCUUUCUCUGUAUGUUGUCAUAUAAGGAGAUCACGACGCUAUAUUAUUAUGGCCUUUUAAGCAAAAAGUAGAUUUUGUGCUAGUUGAUCAAGACAAUGAAAUCAACAAUCGACAGAAUAAGGUCUGGAGACUACAAUGUGAUCGGAAUAGUGAUUACUUUCAGAGACCAAACAAAACAAAGAGUCUUGGAUUUGGUUGUCCGAAAUUUGUUUCACUUGAAGCUUUAGCAAGUCGUAACUAUAUCCGAGAUAAUACAAUAUUUAUAAGGAUUGACGUAGAACCGUUUGAUCCAUUUUCAAAAUGAACUUUGAAGGUAACAUGAGGUUUGUGGUAAAGUCUCAUAAGUUUUUCUAACAAUACACUUUCAAUUGUGGCUAACUUAAAUAGCUUUCAAAGGACGGGAGAACCACGUCAGAGUAAAGGUUUAAGUAUGUAUUGUGAGGAUAUACAGUACAUAUCUCGUAAUAAAUCCUGUAUGAUCCA